AUGCUUUCUGGAUCAAUCAUUCUACUGGUGAGAGGGUUGAGCAUUAUUGGGUCGCUGGCACAUCCUAGCAACCUGCGGCGCGAUGAUACCCCUCGCAUGCCCCAUGACCCGAACACCACCCCCUAUUGCACCUGGUGGAUUGACAAUGACGGGUCCAUGGCGUGUACUGACGUUCCUCCCUACUGGGCUAUCUCAAUGGAAGACUUUGUGCGAUGGAACCCAUCUCUGAGCUUGAAUUGCCAAGGUUUUGAGACAGGAAAGUCAUACUGUGUUGAGGCACUUGGGGAGCCUAAGCCUAGUUCAGGACCUACCACAUUGACAAGUACCUCAACCAAGGGACCAACGACUACAAAUACGGCACCACCCUCUACAACAGUAACAACAACUGACCGUGCCCCGGGUCCAACCCAAACGGGCCAAGCACCCAACUGCAAUCGGUGGGAUUUAGUGAAGGGUGGGGACACCUGUUCGGUUUUUAUCGAAAAGUAUACCGGACUUACAUUGGCCAAUUUGAUCGAAUGGAACCCAGCAAUCGGAUCACAAUGUGAAUCCCUCUGGGUAGACACUUAUCUCUGUACUAGCGUCAUCGGAUGGGUGCCAACUCCACCAACGACUACCACGACCACCGGCCCUACGAAAUCCCCAAACGGUAUUUCUACACCAACCCCGAUCCAACCAGGCAUGAUACCCGACUGCAACGGAUUCUACAAAGUCAAAUCCGGCGACGGAUGCGCAGCAAUUGCCAAAGCCAACGGCAUUUCUCUGGUCCAAUUCAUGGAGUGGAAUCCAACCAUAGGAAGUUACUGCUCUUCCCUCUGGCUGGAUUACUACGUUUGCGUAUCCCGGAUCGGAGUCACAACUACACAAGCUACCACCACGACAGAGACCACCACGAAGCCCACCAACGGUAUUGCAACGCCCACACCCACUCAUCCCGGAAUGGUCGACAACUGCAACGCGUUCUAUAAAGUGAAAAGCGGAGACGGGUGCGCUGCCAUAGCCCAGACGCACGGGAUAAGUCUGUCUCAGUUCUACGCCUGGAACCCGUCCGUUGGAAAAGGUUGCGAAGCCCUCUGGAGUGACUACUAUGUCUGUGUUUGUAUAGUGGGUGUUUCGCCCACUACUACCACGAAGGCUGUGACGAGCACUCGCUCCGGUAACGGGGUGGCCACGCCGACGCCGAUUCAGCCCGGAAUGACAACUUCUUGUAAGAAGUUUUAUCAGGUUGUUUCUGGUGACGAGUGUGGAAAGAUUGCAUCCAAGGCCGGGAUUACUCUUCAGGACUUCUUGAAGUGGAAUCCUGGGGUCGGAGGAGGCUGUGAAUCUCUCUGGCUGGGAUAUUAUGUUUGCAUUGCGGUGUUGUGA